AUGGAGACAAUUUAUAUUGUAUUCGGCCUUUUGGCUCUGUUCAUGAUAUUCCAGGCCGUAUUCGCAGAUCGCUCACCCAUCCCCGAGACAUCCGGCAAAGUCUACAAGAUCUCGGCCCCGUCUGAGCUCGACUCAGUCCUCGCAUCAAACACGCACGUCGUGGUAGAUUUCUACGCAGACUGGUGUCCGCCAUGCCGCGCCAUUGCGCCUGUGUUCUCAAACCUAGCAGACGCCCACGCUUCAGAAGGACAACUUGCUUUUGCCAAGGUCAACACUGACCAUGUGAAGGAUGUUGCGGCAAAGUAUGGAAUCAGCGCUAUGCCGACUUUUGUGUUCUUUGAGAAUGGCGUUGCGAAGGGUGUGCAGGUUGAGGGGGUGAAGAGCAGGGCUGUUGUGUUUACGAAGGAUGGUAGGGUUGAUAGGAUUAGGGGCGCGGAUCGGGGGGCCCUUGAGGCUGUUGUUAAGGCUUUGGCCAGUGAGAAGUGA